CAUAUAUAGAGAGUGUUCUUCUAAGACGAGCUAAGUAACUGAUCAGACCGACAAUGUCCUCUGAGCCAAUCAACAAGCCCGAGCCAAUCAACAAGCCAGAGCCAAUACCUCAGAUGUCAAGAGAAGAGUGCUGAUGUCAAGAGUGCUGGUUCAAAUAAGACAAAAUGUCAGACACAGAAGAAGUGGAGGAAGUGCAGGAAGAAGAAGAUGGAGCCAAGCCCAAACCAAAGUUUGUGCCAAACAUCUCUGCACCAAAGAUGCCUGAUGGCGAGAAAGUGGAUUUUGAUGACAUCCACAGGAAGCGUCAGGACAAGGACCUGUCUGAGCUCCAGUCUUUGAUCGAGUCUCACUUUAUCCAGAGGAAGAAGGAAGAGGAGGAGCUCAUCAGUCUCGUCAACAGGAUUGAGAAACGUCGCGCAGAGAGAGCAGAGCAGCAGAGGGUUCGUGCAGAGAGGGAGAAGGAGAGGCAGGCCAGGGUUGCGGAGGAGAAGGACAGGAAGGAGGCAGAGGAUCAGCGUAGGAAGCAGGAUGAUGACAUCAAGAAGAAGAAGGCUCUCACCAACAUGACCCACCAGUAUGGAGGAAUCCAGCAGAAGAGUGAAAACCGCAAAGGAGCCAAGAAACAGACAGAGAGAGAGAAGAAGAAGAAGAUUCUUGCUGACCGAAGGAAACCUCUCAGCAUCGACCAUCUGAAUGAGGACAAACUCAAGGAGAAGGCCAGUGAGAUGUGGCAGCGAAUGAUGGAGUUGGAGGCAGAGAAGUUUGACCUCAGUGAGAAACUCAAGAAACAGAAGUAUGAUAUUAACCAGCUUCUCACCCGGGUCCAGGACCACCAGAGCGCCAAAGGUCGAGGCAAGAAGAUGGGCCGUGUGAGGUAAAGGAGCAGCCGCCAUGGUCGAGGGCAGACAGCCAUGACUGGAGAUCGGCCCAUGAUGAUAAUGUGUCUGUAUACCUGAUGUUCAUUGUUCCGUCUGGUAUAACAGCAGACUGGAUCACAAGUCAAUAAAAUGGCUCAUUCAA